UGCAUAUCAUCUGCUACCACAAGGCAAGGCAAGGAACAAAAUCGGGCGUGCACAUGGAGUGAGGAUCGCCCAUUCCCAUUCCCAUUCCCAUUCCCAACGCCAACGUCUUCCUUCCUUUCCUCCACCACUCUCUCGUCUCUUCAGAGACCAGAGAGAGAGACAGAGACAGAGCUAGCUAGCGAUCGAGCUUGGCUUGGCACAGAGGCAGGCAGCCAUGGAUCCUCCUGGCCCGGGGAUACAGAUACAGCUGGGCACGCUCUCCGGCAGCCGCCGCAGCAUGGGCUCCUCCUACGGCUCGCGCCGCUCCGGGGGCACAGGCUCCAUCUCCCACUCCUUCCGCCAGCCUGCCGGCGCCGACGACCCCUUCGGCCGAGCCGCGUCGCAGCAGGGCCACGAUGACGACGAGGAGAACCUCCGAUGGGCAGCCCUGGAGAAGCUGCCCACCUACGACCGCAUGCGCCGCGCGGUCCUCCUGAAUCACGCUGGAGCUGGAGCUGGAGGCGCCGACGGUGAUGAGCUACAGGGGCUGGUGGACAUCGAGCAGCUGGCCAGCGGCGAGGCCGGGCGGGCCCUCUUGGAGAGGGUGUUCCAGGACGACAGCGAGCGCUUCCUCCGACGCCUCCGUGACCGGGUGGACCGGGUGGGCAUCGACCUGCCGGCGAUCGAGGUGAGGUACCAGGGCUUGUCGGUGGAGGUGGACGCCUUCGUCGGCACCAGCGCCCUCCCCACGCUCUGGAACUCGGCCACUAACUUCCUACAGAGUCUUGUCGGACGCCUCGCUUCCUCCAACAAGAAGACCAUCAACAUACUCCGAAACGUCGACGGCAUCCUCAAACCAUCCAGGAUGACCCUUCUGCUUGGACCUCCAUCUUCAGGAAAGAGCACACUCAUGCGAGCUCUCACUGGCAAGCUCGACAAAACCCUCAAGGUUUCUUUCUUUCUUUCUUUCUUUCUUUCCUUCAACUUCAACAACACUCAUGCGAGCAUUCAUUUCUUUUUACUCAUGCAUGCAUUAUAUUAUGGCCACAUGAAUGAACAGGUAUCUGGCAGCAUCACCUACUGUGGUCAUACCUUCGAGGAGUUCUACCCCGAGAGGACCAGCGCGUAUGUUAGUCAGUACGAUCUCCACAAUGCAGAGAUGACUGUAAGAGAGACGCUCGAUUUCUCCAGGCGCUGCUUAGGCAUUGGUGCCAGAUAUGACAUGCUCGCUGAGCUCGCUGCCAGGGAGCGCGAAGCUGGCAUAAAGCCAGACCCUGAGAUCGAUGCUUACAUGAAAGCUACUGCCGUGCAAGGGCAGGAGACUAACAUUGUCACCGAUCUUACCCUCAAGGUGCUUGGGCUUGACAUUUGUGCCGAUAUGCCCAUUGGUGAUGAGAUGAUCAGAGGAAUUUCUGGCGGGCAAAAGAAGCGUGUAACAACCGGGGAGAUGUUAACGGGACCUGCAAGGGCAUUGUUCAUGGAUGAAAUUUCCACUGGUUUGGACAGCUCUAGCACAUUUGAGAUUGUGAAAUACAUAAGACAGCUGGUCCAUGUGAUGAAUGAGACCGUGAUGAUCUCCCUCCUACAACCACCGCCAGAGACCUACAACCUCUUUGAUGACAUUAUUCUGCUCUCAGAAGGGUACAUAGUGUACCAUGGGCCACGCGACAACAUCUUGGAAUUCUUUGAAGCUGCUGGUUUCCGGUGCCCUGAAAGGAAAGGGGUUGCUGACUUUCUUCAAGAGGUGACUUCCAAGAAAGACCAGCAACAGUACUGGUACCUUGAGCAGCAGCAGUAUCGUCAUGUGUCUGUCCCAGAGUUUGCCCAACGUUUCAAGUCAUUCCACGUAGGGCAGCAGAUGGUCAAGGAGCUGCAAAUCCCUUUUGACAAGUCCAAAACUCAUCCUGCUGCGCUCACCACCAACAAGUAUGGGCAGUCCAGCUGGGAGUCGAUCAAGACGGUGCUGUCGAGAGAGCAGCUGUUGAUGAAGCGCAACUCCUUCAUCUACAUCUUCAAGGUUACCCAGCUGAUCAUCCUUGGGCUCAUGGCCAUGACUGUGUUCCUCAGAACAAAGAUGCCAUAUGGGCACAUCUCCGACGGCGGCAAAUUCUUUGGUGCUCUGACUUUCAGUUUGAUCACCGUCUUGUUCAAUGGGUUUGCUGAGCUACAACUGACGAUUAAAAUGCUUCCUACCUUCUACAAGCAAAGGGAUUUCCUCUUCUUUCCCCCGUGGACCUUUGCGCUGGUAACAAUCAUCUUAAGAAUUCCUGUUUCGCUUAUGGAGUCUGCGGUAUGGGUCGUCCUCACCUACUAUGUCAUGGGCUUCGCACCUGCUCCAGCAAGGUUCUUUCGUCAGCUUUUAGCUUUCUUCGGUACUCACCAGAUGGCAAUGGCUUUGUUCCGAUUUCUUGGUGCUGUUUUGAAAUCAAUGGUUGUGGCCAACACCUUUGGCAUGUUUGUGAUCCUUCUUAUUUUUAUAUUUGGAGGAUUUGUCAUACCUAGAGGUGACAUCCGACCAUGGUGGAUCUGGGCUUACUGGUCAUCUCCUAUGAUGUACAGUCAAAAUGCAAUAUCAGUCAAUGAAUUCCUUUCCAGUAGGUGGGCCAACAAAAACACUGAAGCAUCUAUCGAUGCAUCAACAGUGGGCGAGGCUAUUCUUAAAUCCAAAGGCUUGUUUACUGGAGAAUGGGGAUUUUGGGUUUCCAUGGGAGCCAUCCUAGGGUUCACUAUUUUGUUCAAUAUAUUGUACAUUCUGGCGCUUACGCACUUGAGCCCUCCCAGCGGCUCAAACACAGUUUCGGACCAAGAGAAUGAGAAUGAGACAAACACUUCAACACCGAUGGGUACUAAUGAUGAAGCCACAAAUCGAGCAACUCAGACACAAAUCACCCUGCCUUUCCAGCCUCUUGCACUAUCUUUCAACCAUGUAAACUAUUACGUGGACAUGCCUGCAGAAAUGAGAGAGCAAGGAUUCGCCGAAAGUCGUCUCCAGUUGCUCUCUGAUAUCAGUGGUGCUUUUAGGCCAGGUGUUCUGACAGCAUUAGUUGGUGUGAGUGGAGCUGGGAAAACCACUCUAAUGGAUGUCCUCGCAGGAAGGAAAACCAGUGGGUCGAUUGAAGGAAGCAUCACCCUCUCUGGUUACCCUAAAAAGCAAGAAACUUUUGCCCGCAUCAGUGGCUACUGCGAACAGACCGAUAUCCAUUCACCAAAUGUUACUGUAUAUGAAUCCAUUCUCUACUCUGCCUGGCUGCGUCUUUCCUCAGAUGUUGACGAAAAAACGAGAAAGUUGUUUGUGGAGGAAGUCAUGACUCUUGUGGAGCUUGAUGUGUUGCGUAAUGCUAUGGUUGGCCUCCCUGGAGUGGACGGGUUAUCGACCGAACAAAGAAAGAGACUGACAAUUGCCGUGGAGCUGGUAGCAAAUCCUUCAAUCAUAUUCAUGGAUGAGCCAACUUCUGGACUUGAUGCUAGAGCCGCAGCAAUUGUAAUGCGGGCAGUGAGAAAUACAGUCAACACUGGGCGAACUGUGGUUUGCACUAUCCAUCAACCCAGCAUUGAUAUAUUCGAGUCUUUUGACGAGCUUCUGCUUAUGAAAAGAGGAGGACAAGUUAUUUAUGCUGGUGAACUUGGUCGCCACUCUUAUAAACUAGUUGAAUAUUUUGAGGCAAUUCCAGGUGUUGAAAAGAUCACACAAGGAUAUAAUCCCGCAACAUGGAUGCUGGAAGUUAGCUCCCCUUUAGCCGAGGCUCGCCUGAACGUAAACUUUGCUGAAAUUUAUGCUAAUUCUGAACUUUAUAGGGAAAACCAACAACUUAUUAAGGAAUUAAGCGUUCCUCCGCCAGGCUACGAGGAUCUCUCAUUCCCUACCAAGUAUUCUCAGAAUUUCUACAACCAAUGCAUUGCAAACUUCUGGAAGCAAUACAAAUCAUAUUGGAAGAAUCCGCCCCACAACGCCAUGCGCUUUCUCAUGACCAUGAUUAAUGGCCUUGUAUUUGGCACGGUGUUUUGGCAGAAAGGGACGAAAAUAGGCUCGCAACAAGAUCUCUUCAAUCUACUUGGAGCCACUUAUGCUGCUGUCUUCUUCCUUGGAGCCGCCAACUGCAUCACGGUUCAGCCUGUUGUGUCAAUCGAGCGAACAGUUUUCUACCGUGAAAAGGCGGCAGGGAUGUACUCUCCGUUAUCCUAUGCAUUCGCUCAGACAUGCGUGGAGGUGAUGUACAACAUCGUGCAGGGGAUUGAAUACACGGCGAUCAUCUAUGCGAUGAUUGGAUAUGAGUGGAAAGCGGCAAAGUUCUUCUAUUUCCUCUUCUUCAUAGUUUCAAGCUUCAACUACUUCACAUUGUUUGGCAUGAUGCUGGUGUCACUGACUCCCUCUUCCAUGCUCGCAAACAUACUGAUAUCCUUUGUACUCCCUCUUUGGAACCUGUUUGCUGGGUUCCUCGUCGUCAGACCGUUGAUACCCAUCUGGUGGAGGUGGUACUACUGGGCCAACCCUGUGUCAUGGACCAUCUACGGCGUGGUGGCGUCGCAGUUUGGCGACAACAAGAGUCCUCUCAAGGUCCCCGGCGGGAGCGACACGUUUGUGAAGCAGUUCUUGGAGGACAACCUGGGCAUCAAGCACGAUUUCCUUGGGUAUGUGGUGCUGGCGCACUUUGCGUUCAUCAUCGCCUUCUUCUUUGUGUUUGGCUACUCCAUCAAGGUGUUGAACUUCCAGAAACGUUAGGCCUUCUUCUUUAUUUAAUUUAUAUAUAAUAUAGUGUUUGUGUGUAUAUGAAUGAAUGCAAUGUAAUGUAUAGUAGAAAGAGUAGAGUUGACAAGGGAAAUUGUUGCAUAGAUAGGCCAGACCUGGUACGUAUAAAUUAGAGGAAUGAGACGAGAGGUGGUGGUGACAUGAUGCCUAUUUUUUGUUUUGUUUUACCAUUGACAUUGAUAUAUUAAAUACGAAAAGUUCAUUUUUGGUGCAA